AGGAACUUCCGGGCAAGCGCACGCCAUUCUUCAGAAUAAAGAAAGCGUCAGAACUCUUGAUGUUAAUAUGAUACCUUUUGUCUCCGUUUUAAAUGUAUGGCUACAGGCUGACUCCGAUCAAGUCUGAGGCCGGUAACAUCAACAGUGAGGACAAUCCCAGCCUGCCUCUCUCCUUCCACACCUACAGUCACUGGGUCCUGAUUGUGACUGUGGAGCCCAGUUUGCAUUGCAGGAUCCAGAGAUGGCAUCAGUGAAGCUGGAAGACUGCAGUCAAACACUGGAACUGAAUGUCAACAUUAAAGAUGAAGAAGAAGAGGAGGAGGAGGAGAAGAUUAGGACAACUGUUAGUCAUGGAUGCCAUGUUGAGACAUUCUCUACAUCCAGAGAUCAACAGCAGGAAGAUCAGAGAGCUAAGAGGUCUCAUCACUGCCCACAUUGUGAAGAGAUUUUCCCAUUUCUAUCAAAGCUAAAAAUACACCUAAAAAUACACACAGGAGAUAAGCCUUACUCCUGCUCCAACUGUGGAAAAUGUUUCAAAACAACAACUCAGCUAAAACUUCAUCAGAGAACACACACAGGAGAGAAGCCUUAUUACUGCUCUGACUGUGGAAAACGUUUUAAAACAUCAACUCAGCUAAAAGUUCAUCAGAGAACACACACAGGAGAGAAGCCUUUCUUCUGCUCUAACUGUGGGGCGAGUUUCUCUCAUCUGGGCACCUUAAAAGCACACCAACGUAUACACACAGGAGAGAAGCCUUUCUUCUGCCCUGACUGUGGAACUAGUUUCUCUCAACUUUCCCACUUAAAAUCACAUGAACGUAUACAUACAGGGGAGAAGCCAUACUCCUGCUCUGACUGUGGAAAAUGUUUUAAAACAUUAUAUGAGCUAAAAGUUCACCAGAGAACACACACAGGAGAGAAGCCUUACGUCUGCUCUGACUGUGGAAAGUGCUUCACAACAUCAACUGAUAUAAAAGUUCAUCAGAGAACACACUCAGGAGAGAAGCCUUACGUUUGCUUAGACUGUGGAAAGAGUUUCUCUCAACUUUCCCACUUAAAAUCACAUGAACGUAUACAUACAGGGGAGAAGCCAUACUCCUGCUCUAACUGUGGAAAAUGCUUCAAAACAUCAACUGUGCUAACAGUUC